AAUAGCAGCGUUCGUACACAUUUCCAAUGGAUUAGCCAUUAAUUACUCUCAUCAUCGUCAUCUUCAUCUUCGUGUAGGAAGAGGGAGAGGAUUAACUCGAAAGACGGCGAUGGCGACGACUACACAAACUAUUAGUAGUUUCCAUUUCCUUAAAAACCCAUGGACACCAACAACAACACAAACAAUUCUUCGUCCAAUGAAUAGGACAAUAAGAGCUGCUGCUAGUGUUAGAAGCCUAAAUCGAAAGCCGCUCCAGAAAGGUAGAAACCUCAGCAUCGAAGCCAUCCAAACAAUACAAGCCUUAAAACUAGCUUACAACAACGACAAGUCGCUGCUUGACCAAGUCUUCCGUUCUAAAUUCAGCCGAUUGUUGAAGUUCGACAUGACUGCAGUUCUUCGCGAACUCCUCCGCCAGAGCCACUGCCUCUUGGCUCUCAAGGUUUUUGAGGAUAUUCGAGUGGAGCACUGGUACAAGCCAAAGGUGUUGUUGUAUAAUGAGAUGAUUCAAGUAAUGGCUAGCAAUGGAUUCAUUGAAGAGGUUCAACUUCUUUUUAGGUACCUGGAGAGUGAAAUUGCAGGUGAUUUACAGUUUAAAACAGAUGAAUUUAAUCAACUGUUGGCAACUCUGAUCAGUUUUAAGCUGGGUGGUCUUGUUAUGGAGUGCUAUGAAUGGAUGAAGUCUGUUGUAGUAGGGUGUGAACCUGAUAGGUCCACGUUUAAAUUACUUGUGAAUGGUUUAGAGUCGAUUGGCGAAUUCGAGCUUUCGGUUGUUGUAAGGCAGGAUGCUUACAAGUUUUACGGUGAAUCCCUCGAUUUUGAGGCGGAGGAGCAAGGGAUGGCAAGUUGAGAUAGAUCAAACAUUCAGGUUUUGAACUGGCUGAUUCAUCAGCAGUACAGUACCCUAGAAUGGAAUGCGUGUUCAACUUCAUUUUGCUAACACCAGUUUUGCCAUGCCAACUGCCAAGAUGGUAUAUUGUUUCUUCAUUCAAUACAUCUUAAUGAUCCAUCCCUUCUCUCAUCACCAAUAGCUCGUGUUUUUCUUUUGCUGCUUUGUUUAAUUUUGUCGGUCCUGUUGUAGUUGUAUUAUAUAUGCAGUUGAAAGUUAGAAACUAGAACAAGCCAUCUCCUUUACUCUCCUUUUACUUUAGUAUGAAAGUUGAUGCGGUUGAUUUU